AUGCGCGUCUACUGCUUCGCUCUCCUGCAUGCUGCCGCUCUGGCCGUCAUGGCUACCAAGUUGUUGGAAACAUGCCACCCGAAUGUCCACUUGGCCCCCCUCCGUGACGUCGCCGGCCACCGCAACAACGUCUCAGUCAAUUGA